GCGGCCGGCUGCGAGUGGCCCGAGAAGCGCCCGGUCCGCUCCGCUCCGCUCCGCACAGCCCGCCGCGAGGAGGCCGCCGAGGGGACGGACGGGCGGGCGGGAGGCCAGCAUGCCCCCGCUCUUGCACCCCGCCUUGCCGCUGCUCCUGGGCGCCACGCUGACCUUCCGGGCGCUGCGGCGCGCGCUCUGCCGGCUGCCCCUGCCCGCGCACGUGCGCGCCGACCCCCUGCGCACCUGGCGCUGGCACAACCUGCUCGUCUCCUUCGCCCACUCCAUCGUGUCCGGCAUCUGGGCGCUGCUGUGUUUAUGGCAAACGCCCGAGAUGCUGGUGGAGAUUGAGAUGGCGUGGUCGCUUUCUGGCUACUGGCUUGUUUGCUUCUCCGCAGGCUACUUCAUUCACGAUACAGUGGACAUUGUGGUUAGUCACCAGGCGCGAGCUUCUUGGGAAUAUCUGGUCCAUCAUGUCAUGGCCAUGGGUGCCUUCUUUUCAGGCAUCUUUUGGAAACGCUUUGUUGGUGGGGGCGUCUUAACACUGCUAGUGGAGGUCAGCAACAUCUUCCUCACCAUCCGCAUGAUGAUGAAAAUCAACAAUGCCCAGGACCACAUCCUUUAUCGGGUCAACAAGUAUGUCAACUUGGUCAUGUACUUUCUCUUCCGCCUGGCUCCUCAGGCCUACCUUACCCAUUUCUUCCUGGGUUAUGCCGGCCAGAAGACACUGGGUACCUUUCUCUUGGGUAUUCUGCUAAUGCUGGAUGUCAUGAUCCUCAUCUACUUUUCCCGCCUCCUCCGCUCUGACUUCUGUCCUCAACGCACCCACAACCAGCAACACAAAGACAAGUUCCUAACUGAGUGAGGUAGUGCCUGAGAUUGGAUAUGUGGCAAGGACAGCUGAGCCCACUCUACUCGAACUGAGAUGAGACUUGGCCCCAAGCCCAGGGCCUGCCUUCCACCUUUCAAGCCUGCACCCAUCAUUGAAAACACUAAUUA